AAUCUGGAUUCAUUUUCACUGUGUGUGGUAACUAUGUUCCAAAUUGAAUGAUGUCUUUGCUCUGCUAUUGAAUGGGAAGGGAUUUUCAAGUUAAUGAUCAAAAACAACAAUGGAUCGAAUAAAAAGCAAAGCUAAUUAUUCCCGGGUAUGUCAACUGUUGGUAGAUAAAGGAGGAGAUGCUUUGAGAGCUGCACUAAAUUCAGUGCAUCCACCUUCCACCUUAGCUUCCGCAUUGAAUGCCAACAAGAAGACCCUGCUGGGAAUACGAUACAAUAUAAUUAAAGCCUCGCAAUGGGACUUACUCUUCCCAAUAUCUGGUGCACCAGAUUCAAACAACUUCGAUAUCACCUUACUGACUGUCUUACUUCGAAAUAUUUGUGGAUUGUCUCCACCAGCGACUGGGUGGAAUGUUAUGCCUCCAGUUAGCGAUACAUUUAUAUCAGCAAACAUUUUGAGAGUCAAAAUGUUCAGGAAUGAAGUGUAUGGUCAUAUUCCAACUGCAAGUUUGGACGACACAACGUUUGAAAAACUGUGGCAAGAAAUUUCGGUACCGUUGGUCAACUUGGGAAUUCCUCAAAAGGAUAUUGAUGAGUUGAAAGUGGCUCCUCUCAGCCCUGAAGAAGAAAGUUAUACUGAAAGAUUAAAAGAAUGGAAACAACAAGACGAUGACUUGAAAUCAGAAUUAAGUGAUGUUAGAAGUGAAGUAGUCAAGCUAAGAAAAACAGUAGAUGAGAAUGUUCAUCACUCAACUGUCGAAUCGAAACAACAAGACGAUGACUUAAAAUCAGAACUAACUGAUGUUAAAAGUGAAGUAGUCAAGCUAAGAAAAAAAGUUGAUGAGAAUGUUAAUCACUCAACUGUCGAAAAACUCGCUAAAUUUGACUUUACUGGAAAGAUUGACGACCUUUGUAAAAAAUUUCAUGACGGCACUAGAAAAUGGUUGUUUGAUAAACUCUCAAGUUGGUUUGUGAGUAAAGAAACCCGGGUUAUGAUCCUAACUGCAGGUCCAGGCGCUGGAAAAAGUGUUUUGUCUGGAAAGAUCUUUGAGCUGUAUAGAAAACGUGGCCAACUCGCAGCUCACCAUUUCUGCGACUUUCGAAAUUCUGAUUACAGCAAUCCUCACAGAAUCCUCCAGUCCCUUGCCAGCCAAAUGUGUGAUAAUGUUGAUGGAUUCCUUGAUAAACUUACCGAAAUCCUUCGUCGUGAACAUUCUCGGGACUCGCUGUCUGACGCAUUUCGUGUUCUUUUAAACGAUCCACUACACUCUCUUCGCAGAAAUGAUCCAAUGUUGAUCAUUGUUGAUGCCUUGGACGAGAGCAAAACUGAUAUGAAGAGCGAAUUUUUGGAGUUGAUAUCCGAGAAAUUUUGUGAACUGCCUGAUUGGAUUAAGAUAUUCAUUUCGAGCAGACCGGAGCUAGAAGUACGGAAGGUCCUUCAACAUUUACAGCCGUUAGAAAUCCGUCCUGAUGAUGAAGAUCACAAUCAAGAUAUUGAGGUUUUCAUUCGUCAUGAAUUACUUAACCUUCUUGGUCAUAGCAUAAGGUCAGUUAUUUCGAAGUGUGAGGGAUCGUUUUUGUACGCUUAUCACUUAGUUCAUGAAUUAAGAGAAAAGGGCUUGGGAAUUGAACCCGACUUAAGUGAUUGCAUCCCCAGUGGUAUUGCCGGAUAUUACGAAAAACAGUUCAAACGUUUGAAAAGCCGCCUCCAACUUUUAAUGCAAGAUACCUUUUCAUCUAUCUUAAAAAGUUUUAUCAAUGUUAUUGCCGCCGCAUUCGUGCCUCUCCCACUGAAAAUUCUUUUUACAUGCAUGGGUCUGCCCUGGGAAAAAUUCGAAAUACGCACGGCGAUUAUCGACAUUAUGUCAGAAAUUCUUCCAGUUUAUGAUGGUUGCCUGACUCUUUAUCAUAAGUCAUUAUGGGAUUGGAUGACGUUGAAUGGGUAUGAGAACAUGCGUUUGUUGCAGAUGUUAAGACGGAAAUAG